AUGGUGACACGUUACCUGCCUCGGAAAGCUGCACGAGUGCAGCUCUUCUCUAACCCUCGUCCUGCUGCUUCCUUUGUAGAUGAUGUGUCUGCUGACAGCAGCGCUGAGUUUCCAGACCGGGCAUCCAUGAUGGAGGUGCGUCUGCAGGCACAGGAGGACGAGAUCACACUCCUAAAAUCCUCUCUGGCUGAUGCCCUGCGCAGGCUGCGCAUCCACGAUCAGGUCCUACAGUUGCUGAAGCAGCAGGUGAUAGCAGUGAACCCGAGUGCUGCACGGCUGCUAAGCCAAGCAUGCUGCUCAGAUUGUUCCAGCAGCAGCAGGAAGUUGUCCUCCAGCUCAGCCAGCGAUGGGACCCGGCACCCUGCUACGAGCCAACUGUCAGACACCACUGUGACCGAUGCAAACAGCCAAAGAGGAAGCUCGGCAUCCACGGACAUCCAAACCGUUCCAGCAACAGUGGACAAGUCGACCCAGACAGAGUCGGCCCUGCCGGGCCAGGACUCGGGCCAGGACAGGGUCCCUCUCCACGGGCGAGUCCAGAGCCUGCAAUUGGAAGAUGCACUCGUGGAAGGUCCUUCUGUAUCUGAGGGAAACCGGGCCAAACUCCACCGUGUCCCUGGUAUGGAAGAGGAGGAUGAGGAGGCAGAAGAAGAUGAAGGAGGAGGAAGAGGGGAGCAGGAAAAGGAACUAACAUGGACAUCAUCAGUUGAAGAGCCCAUUCAGCCCACCACCAUCAGAGGCCUGCAGAGGGAGGACCUCCAGGAUGGAAGCUGCUCUCCGGAGGAUCCAGGCUCAGCCUCGGCCUCAUUCAAAUCUUCAGACCAGAGCCUCAGCUCCCGCUCUGGACCUCUGUCUCCCAUCCACGAAAGAGAGAAGGCUCUGUGCGUGAUCCUGCCUCAUUGCCGCGUUCUUUACAACCUCGAUCAUCUUUCCUUAAUCGUCAGCUGUGAUUUAAUGCUGUUCGUCUGGCUAACCUUUAUUUUUUCUCAUCUACACACAGGAUCCCCUGGCUCCAGAAGAGGAACCUACAGCCAAGGACAGUCAAUCAAAAUGUUUAUCCGAGGCCGACCCAUUACCAUGUACAUCCCCUCCAACAUCCAGAACUACGACGAGCUGAAGAUGGAGCCUCCCUCUGAGAGACUGGAGCUGGACUGGGUCUAUGGUUACCGUGGACGGGACGGUCGAGCUAAUCUGUAUUUCCUUCCGACGGGCGAGGCGGUGUACUUCAUUGCCUGUGUGAUUGUGCUUUAUCACAUCAACAACCGCACACAACGGCACUAUCGUAAACACACAGACUGCGUCCGCUGUCUCACACUCCAUCCUGACAAAGUGCGAGUGGCAUCUGGCCAGACAGCAGGGGUGGAUAAAGAUGGCAAGCCUCUGCAGCUGUGCGUUUAUAUUUGGGACUCCACCACGCUGGUCACCCUGCAGCAGAUCGGACCGGGGACCUUCCAGAGGGGAGUGGGAUCAGUGGCGUUUUCAUUUGCUGACGCUGGAUCAUUUCUGUGUGUCAUUGAUGACUCUAAUGACCACAUGCUGUCACUGUGGGAUUGCACGAAGGGCACCAAGCAUGCAGAGAUCAAGAGCACCAACGAGGCUGUGUUUGCUGUCGAGUUUAACCCUCGGGACAGCACCAACAUCAUCACCUGUGGAAAAUCCCACGUCUACUUUUGGACGCUGAGUGGAGGACAGCUCACGAAAAAGCAAGGCAUCUUUGGAAAAUACAAGAAGCCCAAGUUCAUCCAGUGCUUUGUGUUCAGCCUGACUGGAGAUGUUCUCACCGGAGACUCUGAAGGGAACAUCAUGACUUGGGGAAAAUCUGCUGCGGAUAUCAAAACUCUCGGGAAAGGAGCCAAAGACUCAUUAAUGGCAUUUGUCCAGAUUCCAGAAAAGUUCGGGGCGGUCCGCACUAUCGCAGCCAUGGACGAAGAGGAACUGUUAGUUGGUACGACUCGAAAUGCCAUCCUCAGAGGAACCUUCUCAGACGGCUUUGUGGCCAUAGUGCAGGGCCAUGUAGAUGAGAUGUGGGGACUGGCUACUCACCCCUCCCAGAACAUCUUCCUCACCUGUGGCCACGACAGGCAGGUGUGUUUGUGGAACACCGAGGAGUGGAUGGUCCUUGACCUGCUGACCAGGGAGGUCGUUUCUGAAUCCACUGACGGGAAUGAGCAGCUGUCUGUCAUGAGAUAUUCACCAGAUGGCAGCUUCCUAGCUGUCGGAUCACAUGACAAUUUCAUCUACAUCUACAGUGUGACAGAGAGCGGCAGGCGUUACACCCGCUUUGGAAAAUGUAACGGCCACUCCAGCUUCAUCACUCACCUGGACUGGUCCAAAGAUGGGAAGUACAUCAUGUCAAAUUCAGGCGACUAUGAGAUCCUUUACUGGGACAUAGCAGCAGGAUGUAAGCUGCUUAGGAACCGCUUUGAGAGCAAAGACAGAGAAUGGGCCUCUUAUACCUGUGUGCUAGGCUUCCAUGUGAUGGGUGUGUGGCUGGAAGGCUCAGAUGGCACAGACAUCAACGCGCUGUGUCGCUCUCACAACGAGAAGAUGGUGGCUGUGGCUGAUGAUUUCUGUAAGGUUCAUCUGUUCCAGUACCCCUGUCCUAAACUCAAGGUAACUAUUUUCUUAUUUAAAUAAGAAUCAAAUGAUAAAAGUCAGCC